UGACGUAGCGAGCGAUCUAGUAGGGCACGUACUGAACGUCAAUGCGGUAGUGGAACGAAACGGAAGAACACAGGUUGGAAAGGGCUGUGGAUUUUUCAAUCCCGUUUACAAAACUGUCUCCAACCGGACCUCUACGAAUUUUAGGAAAGCCAGAGGCCGCUAUACAACAUGGGAAACGCAGAGAGCGGCUGCGGAGGUGGUAGUGGGGACGAGGAGGAUGUCGAAGCCGAAAGCCCCGGGUUCGCGGAAGGCAGUCCGGCCUCUGCGGCCACGGGCGUCGGCGUUGCUAACAGUGGAGGCUCUGGUUCUGGAAGGAGUGGAAGGGGAUCGAAUAACCCUCCAGUGCCGGGCUGCGGACCACCUACCCCAGGGGUGCUUUUAGAGCAAGUCAAACUGAGGGAGGCGGCGGCCCGCAUUAGCGACUCGGGGGUCGCCAUUCCUGAGUCGGUCCUGGCCGGGAAUGAGGGCGUCCUGGUGCGGUGGCUCGAGGAUCGGUUGAGCCGGGGAGAGGAGUCUGUAAAUGUGGAACAAUUUUGCGAGAUGCUCGAGAGCCGAGACGCUCCGCGAGAUGAGUGCGAAGAGGCCUUUGGUCAGUUUGACGCAGAGGGAGAUGGAGUGGUGGACGUCGAGAACAUGCUGAUGGCUCUGAAGAACUCCAACGGGGCCAAUCUACAGGGAGAGCUGAGUCACGUGAUCAGACAACUCCAGGCAUGCACCCUAACCCCAGGAUUUGUUGACAUAUUCUCCAAGUCCAAAGACAGGUUGGGAGCGCACGCCUCAAAGAUCCUGAAGUUCCUCCACAGGAACCGUAUUCCCAGUAGUGCCAUCCCUUUCCCUGUUCUAGAGGGAUACAACAGCAUUUGUACCAUGAGGUCUACUGUGGUGCAGGACUUCCUAGAGUUCCUCCUUCAGAAGGAGAAAGACUUAGACAUCCAGUACAGGGCAGAGUUGAACCGGGACCCAGAGGUGGAUAAAGUGAAGGUGGUCACACAGUGCUACAACUUCAUAGAAGCUUCGUCCAAUGCCACGGACAUCCACAAGAUGACCAACGGAGAGACUGUGACCUUCUGGCAGUCAGACGGCAGCGCCCGCUCACACUGGAUAAGGUUGAAGAUGAAGCCGGACGUGGUGCUGCGUCGCCUGGCCAUCGCAGUGGCAUCCAACGACCACAGCUACAUGCCCCAGCUGGUGUCGGUGGCCGUGGGCAAGAACCGGCGAUCGCUGCAGGAGAUCAAGGAUGUGCGCAUCCCCUCCAACGUCACAGGUUACGUGGCCCUGCUGGAGAACGCCAACAUCACUCACCCCUACAUCCAGAUCAACAUCAAGCGGUGCCUGAGUGAUGGUUGUGACACGCGGAUCCACGGGCUGAAGACCCUGGGCUACCAGAUCACCAAGAGUAAAGAGGUGUCUGUGUCUGAUGCCUCGGCUAUCUGGUACCUGUCACUGCUCACCUCCCUGGUCACAGCCUCAAUGGAGACCAACCCUGUCCUGGCACAGACUGUCCUACAGAGCACACAAAAAGCCUUAAAGCACAUGCCACCACUGUCCUUAACGCCGUCGUCCACCGAAUUCCCCAAGUUCUUCUCCAUGAACAUCCUCGAGGAGGUGGACGGGUUCCUGCUCAGAAUAGCAGAUUGCUGUGUGACCCCUGAUGCAGAACUGACCCUGUUGGCCUUUGCCCUGGCCCGGGGCAGUGUGGCUAAGAUCCUCCAAUCCCUGUCUGGUAUCAGUGAGCACCUGGAGGCAGAGUACAGAGCCUCGUCCCUCAUCUCCUCCAUGGCCUCAGUCAGACUGCGCCUGCUCUAUCGCAACGGGAAGACCCUUCAGUUGCACCUGCAGGCCUGUGAUGUGAAGGGCAAAGAAGAGAAGUCGGGACCAGAGAACAUGCUGACUGAAUCCGCCGCCACUGGAGACGGGUUUCUCACAGAAAGUGGUAAGAAGAGAGCUAGCGUGAUCCUGUCUACAGAAGACCAGAGCAACUUCCAGGUCACUCAGAUGAAGGUUAAAGUCCGUAAAGGUGCCAUUGGAGCAAAGUGUGGCCUGGUGUUUGCCUACAGUGAAGGAGACACCUUUGAUGCAGAAAAACACUUCAAGAGGUUUAAGAAGUAUGACUCCUGGAACUACAAGGACUACAAGGAGUUUGUGCAAGACAAUCUGAGGAUUCCACUGCAGGCGGAGGAUGAGCCCAUUGGCUGGUUUGAGCUGGAGGAUGACUGGAACGAUGUGGAGAUCAAACUGCAGACUUGUCGCGUUGCAAAGUUCCUGAUGGUGAAGUUCCUGUGUGCGCGGCAGGACAGUGCAGAGCGUCUGGGCGUCCAGUCCCUGUCCUUCAGUGGGUACCUGUGUCCCGGGGCCGAGAGGCUGGAUGAUCUGGACGACCUGAGCCCACAAGGAGAUGGCUCAGAGGGGGACAUGGUCACUGGACUCACCCUGCUCAAGAAGACCCUCUUCUUCAUCCAGCAGCUCACACGAGACAUGGUACCCACUGAUGUGUCCCUGUUCAAGCAGAAGUUUCUACUGGAUUUCAGUGGCCUCAACCUCAUCCUGUUCUGGAGCUUCUAUAACAAACUCCGGGAGAUUGAGGGAGAGGAGGUGAUGAAGAGCAGAGUGCUGGUUCUUCAGCUGCUCCAGAACUGUUUCGCCGUGCUGCCCAGCCCCAGCUCGCUGGAAUUCAGGGGCCUAGAGGAGAGCAGGGGGACUGAGGAUGGAGCAGUAACCUCAGCAUCAGCCUCCGCAUCCCCGUCCACAUCCAGCAGUAGCGAGCCAGACUCUGCCAGGGCAGUGUGGGAGCUCUACACCCACCUCUGUCAAAUUGUAGAUGGUCCGGAGGCUGAGGGGACAGUGGACAAAGCCCUGAGGAAGGAGGCAGUGAAAGCCGUUCUGAACGGAGCGGCCAUCUUCUUCCCAGACAAACAAAGCAGAAGAGACAAACUCUUCCACAUGAUGAAAAACAUCACAGAGGAGGAUCAGCCAGAGUCUGUGAAGUUGACGUUUGAAUCGCUUUGUAAUUACUUCAGUGACCAGGAUCCCAGUGGCCUUCUCCUGCUCCCUCCUAAAGGAGCUCCUUCAGACUUUGACAUCAGCCCCAUCCUCAGUGUCAUGGAGACCUUGCUGCUGGUGGCCACUCGGGAAUGUGAGGUGAUGAUGGUGGAUGUGAGUGGCGGGGCCAGCAGGAAGGUGCUACUGUCUCUGUUCUGGGCUCUGCAGGGCAGCCUGCUCUCCUGGUGUUACCUGCAACUCAAAGGAGGGGUUUCUGCAGCCCCCACCGCUGCAGACCUGGCCAGAGAUAUUCUCCUCAAAUAUGUGGAUCAGUUCCUGGGCAGCACUAAGACCGUGCUGGGAGACCUGCUGCAGAGAUACAGUGGAGCUGAAAUCACUGACAAACUCAAUGGAUCCAUCCUGGCCAUGGCCACCAGACAGAUGAUGAUCUUCUUGUUGGAGCUGUGUUUCCUGGACAUCCCUCACUGUAUUCUGCUCACCAGUUUCUCCUCUCUGGUUGUGCUGCUGAAAAACCUCUCCAGUGAAACGGCAGACAUCUUCUCUAAGGUGGACCUGGAGAGCUGCCAGCAGCCCCAGCAGCCGGUGGUCCUGAGGACCUGGAACAUGGAGUCUCCUCAUAACUACGAGAACAGCAGACACGAGACCACGAUCUUCGCCUGCCCCGGGGCCACUUCCUUCGAGGUGGAGUUUGACGAACGCAGUGAGACAGAGAAGAGAUACGACUACCUAGAGUUCACAGACGCCAGAGGAGGGAAGGUCCGCUACGACAUGAAGGUCGGGACUGAGAAAUGGCCAAAGAAGGUGACGUUUGAGGCUGGACCCCAGCUGCAGUUCCUGUUCCACUCAGACAGCAGCAACAACGAGUGGGGCUAUAAGUUCACAGUGACGGCCCACGGCCUGCCUGAUAUCACCGUGUCCUGGAUGUCAGACCUACAGCUCCUGGUGGCCCGACUCAUGGGCCGCUUGGCCUCCAGAACCAUGGCCCUCAAAUCACCCCACGAGAUCCGCAGUGUGAAGGAGCUUCCUGCUGGGAAGAUGGCCCACGUCCUGUCCUCUCCUCUGUGGAAGCCUGUCUUCAGACACGGACUCAUUGAAUCUCCCCAUGUCCACACAGAUGAGGUGAAGACAUGCCAGCCAGGUUGUUCUGAUUGUUUCAUGAGAUUCUGUGACGACUUUGGUCACUGGAACCCGACAGAGGAGCCACUAGACAGCAGGACUCAGUUGAUGAAAAGCCUCAUGCUGGCCUGCAAGAAGCAGCCAAUUAGGAACGAGAUAGUUGCGGGGUGGAAGGCUGACAUGGCGGUGAAUGCCAUCUUUGCAGCCAUGAUUUACCACACGCCAGCCCUCAACCAAGCUCUCAGGAUCUAUGUAGCCAGCCAGGGUGGUCAGGCGAGUCUGAGUGAAGACUUUGUGCAGGUUUUCUCACUGGCUGAGAGCAUCAAAACAUGGAUGUUGGAGAUGAAGCAGCGGUAUCUGGUGGGCAAAAUGAAUGUCUCUGAGGAGGAGAAGGAGGAGGGCCACUGUGAAGUAACCAUGGAUGGUCUCGCUGAGAUGGUCCUUGGGAAGGCCAAUCUUUUGUUGAGAUUCCCCCCCAGUGGUGCUUCUUCUCGCUUGGACACCGACUUCUCCAGGGUAGCAGAGGGCAGCGCUGUCCUCCUCCGCUCCACCUCCAUAUCAGAGGGGGACUUCCAGCCGAGCACCUCGUUGGGAACCCAGUCCUCCCAGGCAGCAGGCUCUGAGGUGGGGGGAUGUGAGGCAAGGUCUGGAGCUGUGGGCCCAGUGCCUGGACCAGGCUGCCCUCAUUCUUUCAGGGUCCAUCCCCAAGGUUCGACAGCUUCUGACCCAGGGCCGGGCCCAUCCAGCCAGGGCCUCCUGGGAUCCACAGAGAGCCUGUCUUACCAGCCAGGGGCAGCAGAGCCUGCCUCCCCCUCCACCUUCCCCCGGAAGGCUCCCUCCUUCAGCCGGGGACGCCUCCGCCUCCUCUCCUUGCGCUCCGUGGAAGAGCCUCGCUCUGUCCCCUCUAUCAAGGAACGCUACCCUCUCCUCAAACACAUCAUCAACUUCAUGAAGGACCAGACACUGACUACUGUCAGUGUCCGGCAGACGCUGUCCUUGAACAAGGCCCAGGCUCAGAGUGUGUGUAAGGUACUGGAGACGGUGCAGCAGUGUUUACUGUCCCUGGGGAAACCACACCUCUUCCAGGCCCCCUGCAUUCUGUUCCUACAGGAACUGCUGGCCUGCCAGAAAGACUUCACCAGUUAUUUCUCCCAGUUGUCUGGAAGUGGGCAGGAGCUGAGAGAGAAGGUGAGGAGGUCCUACCAUCGACUAGUCCUCAUGCUGGUGGAGGCAGUACAAGGCUUCAGCAGUCUCAACGAGAAGGUCCUGCUGCCUGCCCUUUCCUGUGUUCAGACAUGCCUGCUGCAUCUCCUGGACAUGAGCUGGGAGGUGCAGGACCUCCCCCUGUUCCUCCAGAUCAAACUACCUGACCUCCUCCUCACCAUGUCCCAGGAGAACAUCAGCGUGCACGACAUUGCCAUCAGUCAGUGGACGGAGGAGGACGAGAUAGCAGACUACAAGAAGAACCGGGACUGGAUGGACGAGUGUGUGGACGGGAUGUUUGAGAAGUGGUAUGACAAGAUUGACGAGGAGGGUUCCAUGGAGGACAGGAGAAAGAUGCACAUGUUCAUAGCUCGUUAUUGCGACCUGCUCAACGUGGUGAUCUCCUGUGAUGGCUGCGAGAGGAUGGCCCCCUGGCACCGGUACCGCUGUCUGCAGUGUAUGGACAUGGACCUGUGCAAGACCUGCUUCCUCAGUGGUGCCAAACCCGAGGGUCACGAGGACGACCAUGAGAUGGUGAACAUGGAGUAUGCGUGUGACCACUGCCAGGGCCUCAUUGUGGGCAGCAGGAUCAACUGUAAUGUCUGUGAAGACUUUGACCUCUGCUUCGGCUGCUACAAUGCCAAGAAAUACCCCGACAGUCACCUCCCGACCCAUCGGAUCACCGUCUGUCCCAUGGUGACCAUCAGGAUCAGUGACCGCCACCGUCUCAUCCAGCCCUACAUCCACAACUACUCCUGGCUGCUGUUUGCUGCCUUGGCCCUGUACACCUCAGACCUGAGCAGCGAGAGACAGCAGGAGGGGGAGCCUCUGGGGCCAGACACCCUGACCCAGGCCUCCGCCCUGCAGACACGCUGCUCACAGCUCAUUACCGAGUGCCUGCUCAAGGGACAGACUGGCAAAGGUCUGCGGUCCUCUGCCCUGCUGUCCCUGCUGGCCUCUAAUGAGUCAGAGAGUGAGCUGUGUCCUGAUUCACCCUCCCAGGAGCUCAGCAUCAACACCACCACAGAAGACACAUCCUCUCUGCCUGGCUCCACCACUGCUAUCUGCUCACCACUGCCCUCUAGGGACAAGAGUAAAGCCCAGGGGAAGGAGAAAGGGAAGGAGAAGGAGGUGCAGUCUCCCCCUGCUGCCCUGGAGGUGUGCUCCACAUCAGAGGGAGAAGGAGGACAGGAGAAGGGGAAGAAGAAGCUGGUGAAACAGGACACCCUAGACUCGUCCAGCCUCAGCCAGACCCCGUCUCUGUCCAGCGAGGGAACACUCUCUCCCGUGGUCAGAGCUCCAGAGUCGGUCUCAGAGACCAUCACCUCUCCAACGCCUGAGGACAUAGAAGAGAUGAGAGAGAUGAUGAAGGAGAGGGAUGAGAAGAUGGCCAAGGUGCCCAUCCAGGAGCAUGUGUUUGCAGAGUGCUCCAGAGAGAGGAUCCUGGGGCUGCUAGCUGCCAUGCUGCCUCCAGCCAAACCGGGCUCCACCCUUGCUCUGUCCAGCCUGAGCCCCAUCCUGCCCCAGCUCUUCAGGGUGGUCAUCUCCAAUGCCGGGUGUCUGAACGAGACCUACCACCUGACCCUUGGUCUCCUGGGGCAGCUGCUGUUGAGGAUACCACCCCUGGAGGCGGACGUGGCCGUCAGAGAGGCCCUAGCCGAUAAGUACGAGCUGCUCACCCCUGGAGAGGGGGCUGCCUCCGGGGCUGACACACAGGGCUGGAAGACCACACAGCUACUUUUCAGCCUGGGGGCUGUUUGUCUGGACAGUCGUAUAGGUCUGGACUGGGCGUGUUCGGUGGCUGAUAUCCUGCGGAGCCUGAACGCCUGUCCCCAGUGGAGUGUUGUCAUAGCAGCCUUCACUGACCACUGUGUCCGGCAACUACCACAAACGCUCAAACGCACCAACCUCUUCACCCUGCUGGUGCUAGUCGGCUUCCCUGAGGUGCUGUGUAUGGGCACCCAGUCAGUGUUCAUAGACAAUGCCAACGAGCAGCAUCAUAUGAUCCUACUCAAGCACUUCACCGAGAAGAACCACGCUGCUGUGGUGGAUGUCAAGACCCGCAAGAGAAAGACAGUGAAGGACUACCAGCUGAUCCAGCCGCAGGACUCCAGUGCUACAGGCUCCCACAGCCCAGGGACCCAGGUCCAGGGCGUAGGUCAGGGUCAGGGACCCCCCCAGGCCCAGCUAACCCGCUACCUCAGUAACUUCACCUCCAUCAUCAGCCACCUGCUGCAGAGCAGUCAGGACAGCAGCACCCCCGACGCUGUGGAGGCCUCCUGGGUCGUCUCACUGGCCCUCAAGGGCCUCUACAACACACUCAAGAAGCACGGCGUUGCUGAGGCCCAGGAGGCCAUCCAACAAUCCGGUCUGACCCAGCUCCUGGUGAGGAAGUGCAGUAAGGGGACAGGCUUCAGUAAGCUGUGGCUGCUCCGAGACCUGGAGAUCCUCUCCAUAAUGCUCUACUCCUCCAAGAGAGAGAUCCACAGCAUGGCCCAGGGCCAGGACGGGGAGAGGGAGGAGAAGGAGCAAGACAAGGAGCAUGACUCGGACCACUCUAGUUGUUGUGCCGACGACCCCGACCCCAACCGGCCUGACCCACUGGAGGGGCUCGACGAAGAGACUAAGAUUUGCUUCCAGAUUACCCAUGAUGCCUUAAACGCGCCCCUGCACAUCCUGCGGGCCAUGUACGAGCUGCAGAUGAAGAGAACAGACUCCUUCUUUCUGGAGGUGCAGAAGAGGUUUGAUGGAGACGUGAUCAAGACGGACGAGACGAUUAGGACGCUGGCUCAGAAGUGGCAGCCCACCAAGAGACCUCGCUCUGAGGAGAGGAGCACCAAGGCCGUGGACACUGACAUGAUCGUCGUGCCCUGUGUGUCCAAGCCCAGUCACUGUGAGAAGGCUACGGAGGAGACCACGGUGGUGACUCAGAAGCUGAUCACCAACACAGAGACUGACCUCCAGCUGAGCUACGCCAAGCAGCGCCGCACCAAGUCCUCCGCCCUGCUGCACAAGGAGCUGGACGCCCGCAGCAACCGCUCUGUCAGACAGUACCUAGUCAAGGUGAACCAGGCCAUCGCCACCCUGUAUGCCCGCCACGUGCUGGCGUCGCUGCUGGCUGACUGGCCCCAGGGGGCGCCACUGAGUGAGGAGGCUCUGGAGCUGAGCGGGGCAUCACACAUGGCCUACAUCCUGGACAUGCUGAUGCAGCUGGAGGAGCGACCACUCUGGGAGAGGAUUCUACAGAAAGUGCUGGUUGGCUGCAGCCAGAGCAUGCUGGGUAGUUUGUCUCUGACAGCGUGUCAGUUCAUGGAGGAGCCUGGCAUGGCCGUGCAAGUCCGGGAGUCCAAACACCCCUACGACAACAACACUAACUUUGAGGACAAGGUGCACAUCCCAGGGGCCAUCUACCUAUCUGUGAAGUUUGACUCCCGCUGUUACACUGAGGAGGGCUGUGAUGAACUUAUCAUGGGCAGCAGCUCUGACUUUCUCCAGGAUCUGCACAACUUCAGCGGCUCCCCACAGAAAUGGACUGACUUCGAGAUCCCUGGGGAUACUCUGCACUACAGGUUCAUCUCAGACAUGAGCAACACAGAGUGGGGAUACAAAUUCACUGUCACUGGGGGACACAGGGGCCGCUUCCAGACAGGUUUUGAGAUCCUAAAACAAAUGUUGGCUGAUGACCAAGUGCUUAGCCACCUCCCAUUGGCUGACAUCUGGGAGUGGCAGGUGGGCGUGGCCUGCCGCCAGACCGGGAACCAAAGACUGAAGGCCAUCCACCUGUUGCUCCGCCUCCUGCAGUGUCAAUCACAGAGGGGCUGUGAGCUGACCCUGCUGAGGCCUCUAUGGCAGCUGUUCAUGACCAUGGAGAGCGGUCUGAGUCAGGACCCCACCAGUAUCACUGUACUGCUGCCCCUACACAGAGCACUCACUGAGCUCUUCUUCAUCGCUGAAGCCAGGGCCAUGGAGGAAGGCAUUCUCCAGGAGUACCUAUUAGCCCUGACCACCAAUGAACAGCUCCUAGCCCGCACAGCACUGGCUCUGAAGAACAUCGCAGCCAUCAGUCUGGCUAUCAAUUAUCCCAAUAAAUCCACCAAGCUGCUCAAUACAUCCCCCUGAGAAUGGAGAGAGAGAGAGACGGAACAGUGGAGAGAGAGGAGGAGAAAAAGAAAGCUAGCGACUUGAAGGGGUGGAUAUCCUCACAUCCUGUCUCUGCCAGCUCUGAAAGAGGGAUGAAGGGGAUGGAGAGAAAGAAAGAAAUACCCUCUGAAUGUCUUCCUACAACAGCAGAACUGUAAAAGGGAUUCACUCCUUCCUUCCCUGCUUCUAUUCUCUCUCAAUCCCCAUUUCUAUCCUCUCUCAAUCCCCCUGUUUUCCCUCUCCAUCUCUUUAUACUAUUUUUACUGACUGGGGAGAAGGGGGGCUAACUCGACAACAACACAUCACUCUAUCACAAUCCUUUUGCCUUAGGUGAAUACAAUGUAUCAGCAUCGUGUGGGUUUCAAAGAAAGAAGAUAGCCUAGCCGUGUCUCUUUGUUUCAGAUUAAGAUGCUGCAGAAGCCCCUCUGCUAAAGCAAAUUAAGUGUGCCAAAUUUGUCACCUUUCUGUGGAGAAAUAUAAGUUUAUUUUCUGUUUAUUCUUUUUAUUUUUAAACAAAAGCCACCUUGGUUUUAGAAAAUCGGUCGCUCAUGGAGAAAGCGGGUCACCUUGCCUAGCUCCCCGAAUCCCUUUCUCUCUGUGGACAAUGUAGAGCAGAACUAAAAAUACAGCUACAGCCC